AUUGAAGAUCGAUGAGGUUGCAGUUUAUUGUUUAGUGUACUAGCUGCAGACGAUAGCCACUCCUUUUCUUCCUUUCCUCUUCUCCCUGUUCUGCCAUUUGUGUGCAAAAUCAGAAAUCUGAAAUCACGACCCGUAAAAAGAUCCGAAUGAGGGAUACGAAUCUGGAUUUGCAGGAAUCGGGUUGGGAAGAACUUCGAAAGGAAGCUCGUAAGAUCGAAGGCGAUCUCGACGUUAAACUUUCUUCCUACGCCAAACUCGGUGCUAGAUUUACUCAAGGAGGUUAUGUUGAUGCUGGCACACCACCUGUUGGGUCCAGUAGGUCAUGGAAAUCCAUGGAAAUGGAAAUCCAAUCCUUGCUCGAGAAACUAUUGGACAUAAAUGAUUCCAUGAGUAGAUGUGCUGCAUCAGCUGGACCAGCUACUUCUGUAACGCAAAAGCUGGCUAGGCACCGAGAUAUUCUUCACGAGUUUACCCAGGAAUUUAGACGUACCAAGGGAAACAUAAACUCAAUGAGGGAACAUGCAGAGCUUUUAGGUUCUGUUAGGGAUGAUAUUACUGACUAUAAGACAUCAUCUGGUAGUAUGUCGCCAAGGAUGCAGUUAUUACGUGAGAGAGCCGCCAUCCAUGGAAGUACGUCUCAUAUAGAUGACGUGAUUAGUCAAGCUCAAGCAACAAGAGCUGUCUUGGGUUCUCAGAGGGCCUUGUUUGGCGAUGUUCAAGGAAAAGUGAGGCUUCUUGGCGACAAGUUCCCCAUUAUUCGUAGCUUGCUCGGUUCGAUAAGAAGGCGAAAGUCAAGGGAUACCCUAAUUCUGUCAGCAGUCAUUGCUGCAUGUACGUUGUUUCUCAUAAUUUACUGGCUCUCAAAGUAACAAAUAAUUUUGUACCACAAAAAUAAUGAGUUAUGGAACUUAUUAUUCAUUGAAUUUUCUUCCCCUUUCUUUGCCUUUUACUUAUUUAGGGAUAUGAGGGAGAUUAAAAUAUGUUGUUUUUUGUAAUCCACAUUUGUCUAGGAGCCUCAUAUUUGUAUUUAGUUGUUGUGUAAAAUAAUUUAUUUGACUCUUGCAUUUUUAUAUAAAUCAAUAAUCUUCAGUUAUCCUA